AUAUAGUCAUUGAAAUAUGUUUUGUUGAAUUUUUGUAACAACAUUUUGGAGGAGUGGUGGCUUGGUGGUUAAGGAAGCAGACUGGUCUGGGAAGGUCCCAUGUUCGAGUCCAGCAGCUGCCAAGUUACCACUAAGGGUGAACCAUUUGCCAGCAGAACCGUUGCCAGAGGCGAAGAUCUGACUUCUGCCUUGUGCAAUCUGAGACAUGAGUGUAGUCAGAGAAUUACAUGGGAUUGGGUUCAGGGGCGGUGGUGGGGUUGUAGCCUCUAUGAACGGUCCUACCCAUUUUACUGAAGAUGCUCCCAGACCUCCAGUUCCCGGCGAGGAGGGGUCUGACGUGGACCCUCCGGUCCAGUCGGCCGGCACCCGUCCAAAUACGUUUUCCCAAACACUCGGCUAUCCCCUGUCAUCCUCGUUGUCUAAAAUGGGGGAUCCUUCAAGUUAUACACCCUCCUCAUCAUCUGCAACUCCACGCCGCCCUGAUCUAGACUUGGGCUAUGAACCGGAGGGCUCAGCCUCGCCGACUCCGCCGUACCUGAAGUGGGCUGAGUCCCUUCACUCACUACUAGAUGACCAGGAAGGCAUCCAGCUUGCGUCAGGAAGUGUGUGCGGACCUUCUGGACUUCUGGUUUGCUUGCUCGGGGUUCAGGAAGACCAGUCAAGAGAAGAGGGCAAAGCUGGCCAAGGCCAUCUACAGGAAGUACAUUGUCGACGGAAGCGGGAUUGUCUCGAGGCAGAUCAAAGCAGCCACCAAGAGCUUCAUCAGAGACUGCGUGGGGAAGCCGCAUCCAGACCCUGCCAUGUUUGAACAGGCCCAGACAGAGAUCCAGGCCAUGAUCGAGGAGAACACCUAUCCUCUGUUCCUAAAGUCAGAUCUGUACCUGGAGUACACAAGAACUGGAGGAGAAAGUCCAAAACCUAACCCCAGCGAUCAGAGCCCUUCGUCGGGGCCUUCCAAGCCUGUGCCGGCAUACUUACCCACCCUUCCCGAAGAUGACGAGUGGAGGUGUGGUAGUGGAGGUGGCGGAGGAGGAGUGAGGGAGGAUGAUGAAGAAAAAGAUGAGGAGUGUGGAGACACACCAGCUAGUCGCCUGACGCACAGCUUGUUGAUGCAGACGGCGACACAGAGAGUGUCAGUGAGCAGAAGGCGACAGGAAAGCAGGGAGUACAGACCCUGGAGGGAACCGGUUAACCCAUACUACUUAAACAUGGGCUACGCUGGUGCUCCAGCCACCAGCGCCAAUGACAGCGAGCAGCAGAGCAUGUCGAGUGAUGCAGACACACUGUCGCUGACUGACAGCAGUGUAGACGGUAUUCCUCCAUAUCGAUAUCGAAAGCAGCAUCGUAAAGAGAUGCAUGAAAGUGCCAAAGCCAAUGGACGUGUGCCCCUACCUCAUAUACCUCGCACGUACCGCAUGCCAAAGGAUAUUCACGUGGAGCCUGAGAGGUUUGCAGCAGAGCUGAUCAGCAGGCUGGAGACGGUACUCAGAGAGAGAGAGGCUCAGGAAAGACUUGAAGAGAGGCUGAAGAGAGUACGACUGGAAGAAGAGGGGGAUGAUGCUGACAUCUCCAUGACAACCUCCAUGUCUUCUCACAGCAUACCACUUCCCCUCCCCUCUUCAUUUCCUCCUCUCUACGGAGCCCGUUACUCAGAGACCACUGCUAACACGGCAACAGUCACCACUUACGGCGGCCUGGUUGCCAUGGAGGAUUCCCAUGAAGAUGACCCUGAGUCCAUUUUGGACGACCAUGUGUCACGUGUGAUGAAAACCCCAGGCUGCCAGUCACCAGGGGCAACCAACAGCACCUUAGGAGGAGGAGGACGACACACUCCUCCCAAAUCCUCACGUUCACCUGACGGAGGGGUUGGACCGCCUCAUUACCCCCCACACCGAGGAGGAGGACACAGUGCUCCUCCUGCUGCUGUCAAAGGUAUUCACCACCACAAGCAGCUCUACCACCACAGAGGGCGAGAAGGACAAGAGGAACCAGGUUCCAGGUCGCAGGCUAACUUCCCAUGGAACGGAGACCCAGCUGCUCAGUAUCCAGGGAGGGGUCGUAACUACGCUGAUGGGGCUGGAGCCAGCACGCUGGAGGGAAUGGGCUACGGCAGUAAAGGGAGCACGUUGUCAAGGCGAGGCUGCAAGAAGCCCUCAGAGACAUCAGGCAAAGUGGAUGAGAGUGGGCGGGCUGUGGAGACUCAGGUGCCACUGGAGGACCUGGAGAGGAACCAGAAGAUCCUGCAAUGGAUGAUGGAUGGAGAACGGCAAAGGAAGAGCUCCCACGGCGGCAGCACCAGUAGCUCCAGGAGGACGGGCACCAGCAGCGAGUCUCCACGGCCAACCUCAGUGGAGCGCCCUGGCGCCGUCCACCCUUGGGUCUCAGCUCAGCUCCGAAACAACCCCUCAUCAGUGUCGAACACUAUCCCUGGCUCGUCGACUGGCCAGGUCCAGCCUUCACACCCGUUCAUCCAGGACCCAGCUAUGCCCCCCAAUCCAGCUCCCAACCCCCUUACCCAACUAGAGGAGGCUAGGAGGAGGUUGGAGGAAGAGAGGAGGAGGAACGCACUACAGCAGGCAAAGCAGAGGCACAAGUCUGGUAAACGCCAAGUGUGUGAAAACAUGACGGUCGCUUACUAUUUUUGUGGAGAGCCGAUCCCGUACAGGACAUCAGUCAAAGGUCGUGUGGUGACUUUGGGUCAGUUCAAAGAGUUGCUCACGAAAAAGGGCCACUACAGGUUCUACUUCAAGAAAGUAAGCGACGAGUUUGACUGUGGUGUAGUGUUUGAGGAAGUGCGCGACGAUGACGCCAUCUUGCCAAUCUUUGAGGAGAAGAUCAUUGGGAAAGUUGAGAAGGUUGAUUGAGAUUUGGGAACCGUAAGACGAUGAAUACCUGCACAAAAAAAAUAAUCAUUUGGAAAAAGAAAGAGAACGGGUCGGGUUGGUAAGAAAACAGAGCUGUGUGAAAACAGAAGAAGUAAGUAGAAAGAUGGACAGAGCAGUGUGUUGACAGAGGAGCUGGUUUUUAUUUAUGGAAUACGUCUGUCUGUGUCGAAGCCACAUGGAGGGAAGAAGCUCAGUUGGAUUGAACUGAAAUGAUUUCACCUGUCUUUGUUCUGGUGUGAAUAGUCAAGGACGGCUGUAAUCAUUUGAAUCGGGUCCGUUUCUUAUGUUGGUGGAUGGAACCAGGGUGAGAGGAAAGUCUUCCACCAGGAGGCGUCUGUCCUCCAUCAGACCAUUACGAUGCUGCUACAUUACCACGGAAACUCUGUAAUUGGUGCUUGGACAGUCAAGAAUGCAGUCCUGGUCCAUUCUGGAGUCUCACUGCCUUUUGCUGUCUCUGUUCCUCAUCAGCUGGACACGAGGAGAGGACAGAGGAUUUUUGGGGAGUGGAACUUUUUUUCAAGUGUGUGUUUGCCUGUUUCUCCUCUCAGUGACUUCACAGCCUCAAAACAGAAUCUUUCUCACCCUCCACUCCUGGAUUUGUGUAGUGUUCUCACAUCCACAUCUGUGGACAAGCGUUCUUUACGUAACUUGUUUACCAAAGCUACAUAUUUUUGAUAAACACAAGUAUCCUACUUACUUGUUUUCAUUUAAUUUGACUUGUGUAUGUACAAGGCAGGUACUAUAACUUACUAAUGCAGCCUAAUCUUGUCAUAUCUCCACUUUGUAUUUUUGUGUAUGUUUUGAAGCUCAGUCAUUAGUCAUUUCAGGGCAACCAUUUUUCUUGUCCUUUGUCUAAACCACAUUCAGACACCUCAGCUCUGUACUGUUUACCUUUCUCAUUUUUCUGUUGUGUUCAUUCACCUCAAAAAUCCCAAACACACGGUAACCCUCUGUUGGACACUGAUGAUGCAACAACUUUGACCACAACACCUGUUUUUUUUUUUUGUUUUCUUUCGGUAGCUGCCUGUGAACCUCAUGCUGUCUUGUAUUGUUAUUAUUUUUGCACGUCAGGAUGCCGUGUGCGCGUCUCGGUGCCUGCCUUCCCGUCUGUCUCUGCCAUUAUUCCCAAAAUGUGUUUAAUGUGCAUCGGAAAGUGUGAUCGCCUGUGUCAGUCCCAGUUGUGUGAACUCAGCCAAAGAGCAUAUCUCACUGCCUUCGUGUAAUUCUAAACAGUUGAGGUCUUGUGCUACACAUGUCAAGGUCACAAUAAACGGUUAAUUCAUUAGUGUAAAGGUCAAAGAAGCCAGGACGACAGCUGCAGUUUUUGUUGUCCACACUGAAGAGUAAAGAUGUCCUCCAACAACCCACGCAGCUUUACCUACAGUUAGUAAAAUAAUUUAGCUCUCAAUUAAAUUGUAUUUAAUAUAUUAUUUAACACUUUUUAAGGUUCAAGGUAGUUUAAUUUGAUAACUUUAGGCCUAGAUCCACUCCUUCCCCUUGUCUUCUUUUUAUAUAAGCUAAGCUAAUUGGCUCCUGGCUGCAGUUUAAUAUUUUAAACAAAGAAACAUGUUCAUCUCACCAUACCAUUCUAUUGACCACUGAUUUAACACGUUUUAAUAAACUGCACAGGCAACACACUCAAGUUGGCUGAAUGUUUUCUGUGUUAAAACCCCCCCCGAAACUCUCAGAUUCUCCUCCAUCUCCUCGCCUGACUGUUUUUGUCACGGAGGUUAACUGAAUGUCAUCAGAAAUCAACGUGAGAAUGUCGAACAACACUUUGAUUUUUUUUUCUGCCCUGUAAGGGAAACAUUGGAUUGUUAAAACAUUUAUUUUGUCCUUACUCCAACACAUUUGGCCUUCAGUGUGAAAUUUAAAGAUUUAGACAUGUAUUUGUUUAUUAAAGCUGUCAUUUUAAUAUACACUAAGCAUGUUCUUAAUGAGGAAUGUUUUCCUGAUGGGUUGAAUAAUCUAUUUGUUUUUAUUGUUUUAUGUACAAACUGCUAUAGCCCUCUUAUUUUACCUGUUGUGUUAGAAAGAGCUCCCGGGAACAGUGUUUCCUGGGACACUACUUUGGUGAACAGAACAAAAUAUUUGCGUCAGUUUGUGUGAAACACAGUGCCUUUGUCAUGAUAUCUAUAGAAAUCACACUUUUAUUUUCCCUCUGUCCUGUUAGACGUUAGCUGCAGUCAUGCUGUCUCACUUUGGUUCUGAUACUCUGUGCUGUAAAUAUGUACAUUAUCAUUUCAUACAUUUCUUCAGACCUGCACCACGUUCAUGGUGUUUCUGUUUUUCAAAGUUGAACGCCAAGAUGUCACUGUGCUGGUUCCACUUGUACAUUUCUUUUAAAAGGUACUUCAUAAUAAAGAUGUUAAAAGAAA